AUGUUUGUAGUGGUGUUAAAAGAUGGCAAAAGUCGACGAAUUUGGAGCCGGACAGUCUGUGCGUUGGCUGCUGUGUCUGAAGGUAUCAAGUUUGUAAUCAGUCAGCGCCAGCUUUCGAUUUCGGCUAUAAACGGCGCCAGAACAGCUCAUGGCGAAAUCGUCUUUGAUCGGGAUUUUUUUCAUGAUUUUUAUGUCGACUUUGACCAUGUCUUGAGAGACGGUUAUGAAGCUGGUGAUGGAAUGGAGCGUCAGCAUGAAGAUGGACAUCAUAAGGAGAUUGCAACGUACUCUUUUUUGGUUAAUUCGAAGCAUUUGGUGACGUUGUUUAAGACCCUCGAUGUCAACGAUUUAGAGUAUAUUUGCCUCAAGGUGUACUGGAAUGAAGCCACAGUGGAUGCUAUGAAGUACAAGCUACUCAUUGAGAUCAAAACGAAGAAAUUGGUGGUGAAAAAGUACCAAACCUCGUACCAGCCCGUAGUACGAAAUCGGCUACUCGUGGCCGAAGAAUACAAAUGGCAGCUUCUGCAGAACAAUGACGACAUCACAUUUUUGAAGAUCGACCAGGUGAUACCUAGGCAGUUUCUCGAUAUGAUACCGACUGCUGUGGAUGAUUUUAAGCUUGAAGUGCGCAGCCACAAGGUGAUGUUCAGCGGCAUCAAGAAGGCAGUUGUCAAGGACCGUGAUUACCUCAAACAGCCAAUGGCGGUCACGGUGACUUUGGGGCUUCGUGACCUCAUCGACACGAACUUACGGGAGGAAACCGACGAGUCCCGUAGAAAACUGAUAGGGUUUCGGCUUCGUGACUUUAAGACAUUCAUGUCCUUGAUAUCUUCUUUGGGCUCCACCUCGGACGAAAAUGGACCCGAUUAUGACCUGGACGAGGGACUUUCGAUAUACUUGAAGCAGCCAGGAGACCCAAUAGUGUUUGAACUCUGCAACAUAACAAACGUCAAGAUACAGUUCGUCCAGAUCACCAAUACCGCAUCCUCUGAAGAGGGCAAAGAGAUUAAAAUUCCGCACCAUGUGGUACAUGAAAUCAACAAGGCACCAAGUACGGCUCCUCCAGCAAAACGUCACAAGAAAAUGUUAUUAAUGAACCCAACUAUUCCCUCACAAGAAACCGCUACUCAGUUUAUGAACUCGGGUCGUUCAUCUUCACCCGAGCCUCGAAUUGCAUACGACCUGGCGCUCCGAACUCGUUCCACGGACCAACUCUUCGUUGAAGAACACAGCCAGCCUCACUCUCGUGGUUCGGACUCGAGUAAUGACUCCCAUAGCGACCAGCCGUCGCAAUACGGUCCCACCCAGCAAACCACCGUCAAGUCAAUAUUUGACUGA